UUGAGCAGAGUUUUGGGAACACACAGCGCGGCCGUCGGUGCUGCUGCAGCCAUGAAGGCCUUCGACAUCAGCAAUGGCGACACCCUCUCCGUCGCCCUCUUCGCCGACGUCGCCAAUUCCAAGACUUGACAUCCGUUUGUCAAAAUGCAGGGAACUUUUGGAUUCUAUGCAGGCUGGAACUUUGGAACCAGAAGUUGCUCUUCUCAAUGCUCUGCUCAUUCCGGAUAUCUUCCCUGUUCUAGCCGCUGCACAUAAGACACUUCUGUCCAAUUCUCGAGGUUCGCUGAUUACCCGUACUCUCCAUUCGGAGCUUGUUUACAACUAUUCAGGGUCUAAGCAUAUUACGGAAUCCUUGAAACGAUGUGGCAUCUCUGACAGCUCCACCUAUGUUCUCGCUGCUUGUUUCAAUGCAUCACUUGAUGAGAUGAAGGCCAUUGCAGCACUUAUCAGUGGAAAAGAAAUUGAGUUGGAGGAACUGGAAGGGAGAGCAAACCUAGCCCAGAUACAGAAGCUCUACAAGAUACCUGGCCCGGAAUUGGGAAUAUCGUCGCUCGCCGAUGCCAUUACAUGCCGCAUCGCCGCAAGGGACGCCUUAUGAAAGCAAACGCAACUUCCCGCUCCCCUGUUCCCACUCCAGAUGUAGCUUUUGCGCGCUACUACUCUUUAGAGAUACUCUUUAGAUAUUAAGAUAUGGAGAGAAUGCCUAGCGCUGCGAAAGAAUUUACUAUGGUUAAAACAGAUACUAGAACCUCACUGCUGCUGUGAAUAUUGCUGCAAUGCAAAUUAUGGCCACUGGAGUGCAUGAUUUCCU